AUGUUCCGCACAGCUGCCUUCGCCACACUCGUUGGCAAGGCCAGUGGAGCGUUUGAGCCCGGAUACCUGGCAACAGCCGCAAACUUUUCGCGUGCAGCGCUGGAUGGCUACCUGCAGGGAAGAUUCGGCCUUCCACCCGGCGAGCUUCCAGCAAAAGGAGAUCCGGCUUUGGAUCCAUGCCCGAUCUUGAAUAGUUGGCCAGACAAGUUGGAAAUAGACGCACCGAAUCCAUGCAAUCCUUUGUGGGUUGCUGGCGCAUGGACAUCGGAGGCUCCUGGCUCAGGAGCACCGUUGGUGAUGACGUGGUCCCAGCAGUGCAGCAAAGUGGGCGCAAGCCUGGUGGCCCAGACCACUUACAGCCUUCCUACGGGAGGCUUGUUUGGCACCAGCCAGUUGGUGCCAUCCCUAACCGGCAACACUUUCCAGCUCAACGACUGCGUGGGAUACACGCGAUACUACAUCGAUGAGAAGGUGUACCACGUGGUCGGAGAGCCUGAUGCUCAUGCUUGUGAAAUCUAUGGCUCUUGCGAUGGCUCAGUCUUUGUGCAGCUCAUCAUCCGGGAUCACGCAGGCCGCAAGAUAGCGCACACGCCUUACCUCCGGCUUUUCCAGAGCUCCUUCAACAUCGAGGAUACCAGUGGCCUGAUCGUAGCACACGUGGAAAGGAUUGGACACUGGAAUCCUAUGUCCAAGAUGUGCUCUUCCAAGGGCCACCGGUGGCUGGUGAAGUUUCCGGACCUGACCAUGCCAGGCGCAUCCGCCAUCUUCCCCACCGCAGCAGACCGGUGGCCCGUGGCCAAGCUGGUAACCAUCAUGGCCACUCGGGACGCGAGUCGCUCAUCCAGUGGCCUGGUGAACCCCAGCGUUUGCGAGGUGGAGAAGACUGGGUUGCUGGUGGUGUCCCUCGUCUUCUUUGUGGUGGCAGUGGCUGCUCUCGGCAUACUGUUUACGCGGGUCGGCGUUGCCCCGCUACAAAGCACUUGUCUGGAGUUUGAGAGCGCUUGCUGUCCUCGGCGGAAAAUGGGGGCGACGUCACAAUUUCUGAAGUACACAGUUUGA